AUGGAUUCCAUCGCGUCGUCCCCGUUUUCGCCGCAUCUAGGGACCAAUUAUGCGCCCUCUGACUCAGAAAUCGCCCAUCUUCGAGAUUACAUUGGCGACCUCACUCCCCAUCUAGCCGACUUGGAAGGGAAAGUGGAAGCCGCCGAGCGAGCCCUGGCUGCUGCUGCGAAGAAGCGAGAUGGAUACCUUCAAUUUGUGGACAACCACCGUGCACUACUGUCCCCUAUACGCAGAAUGCCUUUGGAUGUCACCCGCACCAUCUUUCAGCACUGCUUGCCCGAUAAGCACAACGCCAUUAUGUCCACCUCCCAAGCACCGCUGCUUCUCACCAUGGUUUGCAGACAAUGGCGAGAGAUCGUCCUGAACUUUCCGGCCAUGUGGUCAUCUCUUCACAUUCCCGUCGUCACUGUCCCUGCAAUGCGAUUCUUCCACCGCUCUACAACACCGCCAAUCGACAGCUGGACAAGACGGAUGAAACAUCGCAACCAAGCCGUGACCCGUUGGCUCAACCGUGCAAAAGGUUCCAAGCUCUCAAUCUCCCUUGCUACCGACCCAAACGACGAAUCCUUCUCCGACGAGGAUGACCAGGAAGUCGUCGCGGAGUUGUUAGAUAUCCUCAAAGAGCGGGCAUCCCAGCUACAGCGUCUCAAGCUUUCGACCACACAACGUAUCGCUAACAGGGUCCUUUCCAUCCCCCCUUCUCAAGUGCCAGAACUCCGCGUCAUACAUAUCAACAUCUAUAACCCUUUUUCCGAUUUCCCCUUCCCCGCGACCAAUGCAUCGUCGCGCAUCCCUGCCAACGGUAUCAUCGCCUCACCGACCCUGCGGACAGUACACGUCGAAUCCAUCCCGCAGCGUUUAAUAGAGUUAUCGGUAGAAUGGGAGAACAUAACAGACUUGACGUGCUUCCCUGUCACACUGGAUGAAGAUGGUGGUGUAAAGGGAUUCACGGCACGCGAAGCUGUGAACAUUCUGGGCCGGUGUCCCAAUCUCAAAACGUGUUGUCUCCGGAUACACUUCAUGCCUCACGCUGUACCACUGGGAGAGCCUGAGCCGGACAUGGAGAAUGAAACCGGCAGGACCGUGACGCUCCAUCAUCUCGAAACUCUUCACCUUCAGCAGGAAUAUCGGGCUAUGUUGGAGCCACUGGUCGACUCUCUUCGUUUACCAGCACUGCGCUCCCUUUCGUUCUCAAGCUCCAAGUUCCCUUCAACGAAGGCAUCUCCCUUAAUUCGACUCAUGCGUCACUGUGGCCCGAACCUCAAGACUCUGAAGGUCGACUAUCUGACUCUGAAGACCCCCGAACUCCGCCAAUGUUUAGAAUUGGCAAAGAAUGUCGAGGAACUCGAUCUUUCACCGGAACAGACUGUCCGUCCUCGAGCGGACACAUCGUGGUAUGGCGAUUUCGACAUGGUCUUUGGAGACGAGGAAGUACUUGACUGGACAGCCGAACCGACGAUGUUUGAAGCUGAUCUUCUCGCCCAGUUGACCCCAACGGAGGCAUCUACGGCAGUUCUUUGCCCCCGCCUUUCGUCUUUCCGAAUCAAACUCCACUCUCGCGACGAAGUCGGAUGCAAGGAGAUCAAAGACUUCAUCCGUGGGCGUAGGCGGUUCGGGAAGCCCGGUGGUGACAUUGCGACGCUGUCCAAAGUCAAUGUUAUCUUCCCCUGGCGGGAACCGAAGGCGGAUGGUUCUUCAUCCUCGAUGUCACAGGACGACGGUAUCGACUGGGAUAGAUUCGAGGGAAAGCUCGAAUGGGGAAAACCUCUGGGAGCUUGGGCAGCGAUAGACACCACGACCUUGGCCGCUCUCCAAUGGAAUCCUGCUAUGGGUGCCUAG